CUUUUGUUUGCACAUGUUAGCAGGCGGUUUAGUUACGUACUCUUGACGUUUCACUUACAAACAAAGUUGGUUUUGGUCGUAAAUAUUGAUUAAGUUUAUAAAUUAUCGUGAACCUAAAAACAGUUUUUCGUUGCUUUUAGCACGAACAGAAUAAUGUUGAUUUGAAUGCUUUUUAUUAGCAUUCGGUGUAUAGAAGCGUUUAGCGGAGCAGCUACUCGCAGAUUUAUUUUAUUUGAUUGAUCAUUUAAUGUUUGUAUGUUGUUGUAAAUGAUCUCUGAUCGAAACAUGGAGAAGGACUCGAGGGUGAUGAAGACAUCUGCGCCGUCAGUGUCACAGAUUAACGCUGAAUAUGUCACUCAGCUCUCAAAUAAAUAUUGGGCUCCUCACGUGAAGAAUAAACUCCCAUUUGAUGCUCAGAUUAUUGAGGACAUUUAUCAGAAUGAGAUUCUUAAAUCCAAAUUUGCCAUCAGAAAAAUUAUGUUGCUGGAAUUCAGUCAGUAUCUUGAGAACUAUCUGUGGGUGAACUACACACCUGAAUCAUCCACUAACAGCUACCUGAUGUCAAUCUGCUGUAUUGUGAAUGAGAAGUAUCGUGAAAACGUUCCAGCUUGGGAGGUUUUUAAGAAAGCACCCGAUCACUUUCCAGAGUUCUUCAAGCGUAUAAUGGAGGCGUGUCUGUCGGGCGAGCAGUUCGGUCUCUCCCUGAAAGAACAAACUGUGCUUCUGCUUUUCCUCGAUCACUGCUUCAACAGUCUGGAAGUGGAUCUGAUUCGUGAGCAGGUGCAGAAACUGGUGUCACUGCCCAUGUGGAUGUGUCUACUGCAGACAAGAUUGCAACAGGAAUUGAAAAAAGUCCCAAAACUGCAAAAAUUUUGGAACCUCAUCAAAAAGAAUUAUGAGAAGAUGGACCCCAAGGAAAAGGAACAGGCUAGAAUGGAGCGGACCUUUCUUGCUUCUCUCAUAAAGAAAUUUCUUAUGGUUCUGAUGUCCAUUCCAGCCACAGAUUCAGUCUCUAUGGAGAAAGUUCAUUACUGUGAGAGAUUCAUUGAGUUUAUGAUUGACCUGGAGGCUUUGCUUCCGACCCGUCGCUGGUUUAACACCGUACUGGACGAUUCUCAUCUGGUGGUUAACUGUCAGCUGUCUCACCUCACACAGAGAGAGAAGGAGGGUCAUCUCUUCUGUCAGCUGUUGGACAUGUUGAAGUUUUACACUGGCUUUGAGAUCAGUGAUCAGGCAGGAACGGCUCUCACACAGAAGGAGAUGACCAAUCUUCACUACGACAAAAUCACUUCUCUACAGAGAGCAGCAUUUGCUCAUUUCCCCGAGCUGAACGACUUUGCGCUAUCUAGUGUGGCAGCCGUGGACACGCGUGAAUCUCUUAUCAGACAGUUUGGUCAUCUCAGUCCCAAUACCCUCCACCGGGUGUCAGCAUAUCUGUGUCUCCUACCUGAACUGCCUGACGCAGAGGAUACGACCUAUGAUAAAGAGUUCCUGCUGGAGCUGCUGGUGUCUCGCCAUGAGAGGAGGAUCUCUCAGAUCGAGCAGCUCAACCAAAUGCCUCUGUAUCCCACUGAGAAGAUCAUCUGGGAUGAGAACAUCGUUCCCACUGAGUAUUAUUCAGGAGAAGGUUGUCUGGCUCUCCCAAAGCUGAACCUGCAGUUCCUCACCCUUCAUGAUUACCUUUUAAGAAACUUCAACCUCUUUCGUCUGGAGUCCACCUAUGAAAUCCGUCAGGACAUCGAGGAUGUUGUCAUGCGAAUGAAGCCAUGGCAGUCUGAGUAUGGAGGGGUGGUGUUCGGCGGCUGGGCCAGAAUGGCACAAACCAUUACUACCUUUUCUAUUGUGGAGGUGGCAAAGCCUAACAUCGGAGAAAACUGGCCCGCCCGUGUGCGUGCAGACGUCACCCUUAGCCUCAAUGUUCGGGAUCACAUCAAAAAUGAGUGGGAAGGUUUACGCAAACACGACGUGUGCUUUUUGAUAACGGUGCGGCCCAACCUGCCGUAUGGUACACGCUUUGAUCGCCGGCAGCCGUUUGUGGAUCAGGCUGGUGUUGUAUACGUGAGAGGCUGUGAAGUUCAGGGCAUGCUGGAUGAUAAGGGUCGAGUCAUAGAGGAAGGUCCUGAUCCGAAGCCUAAGCUGAGAGGUGACACCAGAACGUUCCGGGUGUGGCUCGACCCAAACCAAUACCAGCAGGACAUGACCAACUGCAUCCAAAAUAAAGAAGACGACCCUUACGAGACCUUCAAUAUCAUUAUGAGACGCAAACCUAAAGAAAAUAACUUUAAGGCUGUGCUGGAGACCAUUCGUAACCUCAUGAACACAGAGUGUGUGGUACCCGACUGGCUUCAUGACAUCAUACUGGGUUAUGGAGAUCCUGGAAGUGCCCAUUACUCAAAGAUGCCCAAUCAGAUUUCCUCUCUGGACUUCAAUGACACCUUCCUGUCCAUCGAUCACCUGAAGUCCUGCUUCCCCAAUCACACGGUGAAGGUCACAGAGGAGGACCCUGCUCGACAGGUCCCGCCUUUCAGAAUUCGGUUCCCUGUGCAGAAAAGUGAAAAGGGUAAAAAGCGAAGGGCAACUGAGGAAGAGGAUGAGGAAGAUCGCACACUGGUGGUGGAGCCACAUGUCAUUCCUAACAGGGGACCCUAUCCUUAUAACCAACCCAAACGGAACACCAUUCAUUUUACACCAACCCAAAUUGAAGCCAUUCGUGCAGGGAUGCAGCCAGGUCUUACUAUGGUGGUUGGUCCUCCAGGAACAGGAAAAACAGACGUUGCUGUUCAGAUUAUUUCAAACCUGUAUCACAACUUUCCCGAACAGAGGACCCUGAUCGUCACGCACUCAAAUCAGGCUCUGAACCAGCUGUUUGAGAAGAUCAUGGCACUGGACAUUGAUGAACGUCAUCUUCUGCGUCUGGGUCACGGAGAAGAGGAACUCGAAACGGAGAAAGAUUUCAGCAGGUACGGACGAGUAAACUAUGUGCUCUCUCGUCGCCUGGAGCUCCUACAGGAGGUGGCUCGUCUACAGGAGAGUUUAGAUGUUCCUGGAGAUGUCUCCUACACCUGUGAGACUGCUGGACACUUCUACCUUUAUCAGGUGAUGUCCCGCUGGGAAGAAUACAUGAGUAAAGUGAAGGCGAAGCCCGGGCGAGACGUGCAGACGGAGGACGUGGCGGCACAUUUCCCAUUCAAGAAGUACUUUGCCAACGCCCCCCAGCCCGUAUUUAAAGGCCAGUCGUACCAGGAGGACAUGGACAUUGCUGAGGGUUGUUAUCGACACAUCCGCAAGAUCUUCACCCAGCUGGAGGAGUUCAGGGCGUUUGAGCUGUUACGCAGCGGGCUGGACAGAUCCAAAUAUCUGCUGGUGAAAGAGGCCAAAAUCAUCGCCAUGACCUGCACGCACGCUGCUCUCAAACGUCAUGAUCUGGUGGAGCUUGGCUUUAAGUAUGAUAAUAUUCUGAUGGAGGAAGCAGCUCAGAUCCUGGAGAUUGAGACCUUCAUUCCUCUACUGCUGCAGAACCCAGAGGACGGCUACAGUCGACUCAAACGCUGGAUUAUGAUUGGUGAUCACCAUCAAUUGCCGCCCGUCAUUAAAAACAUGGCCUUUCAGAAAUACUCCAAUAUGGAGCAGUCACUUUUCACACGCUUUGUGCGUCUGGGUAUACCCACUGUUGACCUGGACGCUCAGGGCCGAGCACGGGCCAGUUUGUGUAACCUGUACAACUGGCGUUAUAAGCAACUGGGAAAUCUUCCUCAUGUUCAGCUCCAGCCAGAAUUCCAGACUCCAAACCCCGGAUUCACCUACGACUUCCAGCUUAUUAAUGUGGAGGACUUUAACGGUGUGGGAGAAUCAGAACCCAACCCCUACUUUUAUCAGAAUCUGGCUGAAGCCGAGUACGCGGUGGCUCUGUAUAUGUACAUGCGUUUGCUGGGAUAUCCUGCCGAGCGCAUCAGUAUACUCACCACCUACAACGGACAGAAGCAUCUCAUCCGUGAUGUCAUCAACCAGAGAUGUGCCAACAACUCCUUCUUUAGGCAGCCCAAUAAAGUGACCACAGUGGACAGAUUCCAGGGUCAACAGAACGACUACAUCAUCCUCUCUCUGGUCCGAACUAAAGCUGUAGGACACUUGAGAGAUGUGAGGCGUUUGGUUGUGGCCAUGUCUCGUGCAAGGCUCGGCCUCUAUAUUUUUGCUCGAGUGUCUUUGUUCCAGAACUGCUAUGAGCUGACGCCUGCCUUCAAUCAGCUGACCGCACGACCACUGCAGCUGCACAUCCGCCCGCAUGAGUACUACACAUCUAUGGAGCAGCGCUCCGCUCAACCCGAUCAGGUGGUCAAGGACAUGCCGGAGAUGGCUAACCUUGUGUACAACAUGUAUAUGCACAUGAUUCAGAGCACACAGCAGAACAGACAACAGAAUCUUCUGGAUCCUCCGUGUCAGGUACCGGAGUCCCAGGAGAAAAUGGAGGUUGAUGAUGGACAUCCUGAGACUGAGAGUGAGCAACAGCGAGAUGCUGAGGAAGACCAAGCUCAGACCGAUCUGAAGCCAGAUCAGACUGAAGAAGAAGAAGAGCAGAGAGAAGAUCACGCUAAAAUGCCCGAGCAUCCGGGUAGAGACAGUGACAGCGGUGACAGCGAUGAAGAGGAAGAACCUUAGACUCGCUGUUUUCUCUUUUUUUUUUUUAUUACUGUUCACUAAACAUUGGGGGUCUGAAUUGCUAAUUUACUUUUUGUAAGAAGACUUUUAUAAUAAAAUUGAAUUAAACCUUCA